CGUCUAAAUGGUGUGACUUCCCGUCGGAACUUGCUCAGUUUGUUAACAUCACAUUGAAAGUCUUGAACAUUCCGCUUCCGUAGAACAGUUUACACCUGUAGCGUGUGCUCCUAAAAUUACUGCCCAAGAGUCCAAUUAUUUUCACUUCCAAAGCAAAGCUCGAUUCCUGGUUACUUGGUAUGGAGUAAAAUCAGCUUUGAAUGCUUCAAUCUCUGUUUGAACACUGAUUUUGAGGUUUUUACACUUACCCUUAGCUUAUUUGAUCUGUUGUCAGAUGGGUUGCUGCAGUUUUUUGGUUGCUUCUCUGUAUUUGACUUAAAGUUUUGAUUUUCUGAUAUGGAGCUAUGGAUGUAACUUUAAUUGUUUAGAGGGUUUGAUAAUUUGUGUUUUGUUGCAUCUUAUGGCUUCUUAUUAUAAGAAACCAAAUCUGAGAGCUGCGGCCUUUCGCCGAUUCUUAUCUGUAGUUUUAGUCACAUUGUUGGGGGUUUUGCUUUUUGUUUUCCUCCUUGGAACCAAUUCAGUUUCCAAUGUUGUGACACCUUCUGCUAAUGAAUCUGAUGAUGAUUUGAAUCUUAAGAUUGGCGUCUCAGUGUCUAGGGAAAAGUUAAGCCUCCCUAAACAAAAUAAGUUGUCAAUACAAUUGGAAGAGAAAAACAAGUUGCCCCCAAGAAAUGUGGACCUAUAUCCAAAUUUAGCCAAGGAUCAUAUUGUUAUUGUUUUAUAUGUUCAUAAUCGGCCUCAAUAUCUGAAAGUAGUUGUGAAGAGCUUGUCAACUGUGGUGGGUAUAAGCGAAACUUUGUUGAUAGUUAGCCAUGACGGAUACUUUGAAGAAAUGAACGAGAUUAUAGAUGGUAUUAGAUUUUGCCAAGUGAAACAGAUCUUUGCCCCUUACUCACCCCAUGUGUUUUCCCAUGGUUUUCCUGGUAUAUCACCCAAUGACUGUAAGGAUAAGGAUAAUGCAACACAGAAACAUUGUGUAGGGACUCCUGAUCAAUAUGGGAAUCACAGAUCGCCAAAAAUAGUGUCAUUGAAGCAUCAUUGGUGGUGGAUGAUGAACACAGUGUGGGAUGGACUGGAGGAGACACGGAAACACUCAGGUCAUAUUCUUUUCAUAGAGGAGGACCACUUCAUUCUUCCAAAUGCGUAUCGCAACUUACAGGUGCUUACAAAAUUGAAACCUUGGAAAUGCCCAGAUUGCUAUGCUGCAAAUUUAGCGCCUUGUGAUGUCAAUUCGAGGGGAGAAGGAGUGGAAUCUUUGGUUGCAGAAAGGAUGGGAAAUGUCGGCUAUUCCUUUAAUAGGACAGUCUGGAGGAAAAUCCAUAGAAAGGCAAGAGAAUUCUGUUUCUUUGAUGACUAUAAUUGGGAUAUAACAAUGUGGGCAACUGUUUAUCCCUCAUUUGGUGCUUCUGUUUACUCAUUACGAGGGCCAAGAACUAGUGCGAUCCAUUUUGGAAAGUGUGGUUUACAUCAGGGCCAGGGGGAGAAAGGUGCUUGCAUCGAUCAUGGUGUGGUAAACUUUGGAAUAGAAGAUACUGAUAAGGUUGCCAACAUCAAAUCAGAAUGGGGGGUGCAUGUCAUUCAGAAUCAGCCAGGAUACAAAGCUGGGUUCAGGGGAUGGGGAGGAUGGGGAGAUGAGAGAGAUCGUCAGUUGUGCCUGAAUUUUGCUCUCAUCAUGUAUCAUUCAAAAUCUGCUACUGUCAGAAGAGUUGAGCUUUCCACAUCUUGAUUUUUCUGACUUUGUAACUGGUGUGGCAUACGUUACUUUUUGAGUAGAAAAGAAAGCAUACUUGACUUUUUGUCUGUUUUUAGCAUAGUACUGAAUUUCUUAUUACUUUGGUGAAUUUGUCAUGUUGCAGUCUUGGUAAACGUCUCAAGAUCUAAACUCCUUCAUCUUUUGGUUAUUAGAACCAUUUACAACUAAUAUUGGAUUUCAGCAUUCUGAUAAGUUAUUUUGCUAUUUCUGGCCGA